GACUGUUGCGAUUCGAGAUGGACAUAACGUUCCUCGGUACCGCGUCGGCGCAGCCGUCACCGACUCGUAACCACUCGUCACUCGCCUUUCGCCCAGACGGCUCGGACGUGUGGCUCUUUGACUGCGGCGAGGGCACGCAGCACCAGAUGAUCAACCUCAUGGCCGACCACGCAACGCUGGCGCUGGCUGCUCCGGGCAACGCCAGCGCGGUUGUGAACGCGCCGCGCUUGGCCAGGAUCAGUCGCAUCUUCUUGACACAUCUGCACGGCGACCACUGCUUUGGCUUGCCCGGGCUAUUGUGCACGGCGGGCUCGGUCGUCUCGUCGGAUGUACUCCCAAAGACCAACCCGAUUCACAUCUACGGUCCACGCGGGCUCAAAGCCUACGUUCGCUCUAUGCUACUACAUACCAUGUCGCGCAUUGGCACAGGGUUUGUGCUGCAUGAGCUGCUGCUCGCCAAUGACACACCGUCGGCAAACGGCGAUCGCCAUAUUGAUGAAGUCCUUGGGGACGACUUUGUGGCGAUGUCAACGACUCUGGGACCCAACAAGGACGACAUUGCGACGGCCUACUGGACGCUGCAGACAGGCUCGGCGACGGCGUUUGAGAUUCUUGCAGCGCCAAUUCCACACACGGUGCCCACGGUCGGGUACCUCCUCCGCGAGCCAGCGUUGCCCGGACGCCUCAAUAUCGAGCUUGUGGCGCCGAUUCUGCAGCGCAACAAGGCGGCAUUGCAGCUGAAGAACCCGCUGGCGCUACUGCCCAAGCUCAAGAACGGCGAGACGCUUACGAUGCCGGAUGGCACGGUGCUGUCGCCAGAAACGUGUGUCGGUCCCACUCGACCCGGGCGCGUCGUUGUCAUUCUUGGUGACACCUCGGAUGCGCUCGCGUCUGCCUUUGUGCCGCUGACAGCCCGCGAUCCGUACGUCGACGUGGUCGUCCACGAAGCGACGAACGCGUGCUUGCCGUCCGAUGUCGCGGCCGGCGCGUCGCCGACCGACGUCGAAGCACAAACAAAAAGCCACGGACACUCGACGCCCGAGAUGGCGGGCGCCUUCGCCAACGCGAUUCGGUGCAAGCGACUUUUGCUCAACCAUUUCUCGAGUCGGUACAAAGGCGACGGCGCCGACGACAGCAUCGCUGUCAUGGACACCAUCAAAGCGCUCGCGGCAACUGCGUUUGGCUCGGAAAACGUCGUGUGUGCCCGGGACUUUAUGCAAGUCGCCAUUGCGCCACGACCCGUUUAA